GCCCUUUUUCCCAGCCGUGACGCAGCGCGUGCGGCCGCGAGGUGCAGUGAGCAGAAAUGAAAGCGGAAUUGUGGGAAAAGGGAGGGAAAGGAAAACGAUGAUAAUGACACGAUGCCGUAUUAUUCUCUGCUGAGGCGCCGUGCACUUCACUGCUAACGUGACGGGCAGGUUGAACAAACCGUAGACACCUGAGGAGAAGAUGAACCGGGUCUACGUGGCAGAAACGCCGCAGAAGGAAUGUGGGAAAACUCACACAAUUCCUGUGCAGUCCAGUGUCACAGCUGAGAAUGGAGGCAAUGCCGUUGUCCCACAGGUUAUUCAGUCCAGCAUUGGACGAGAUGUCAACACAAAUGUUUACAACUUGUGCACAGGCCAUAACAGAAAACAUUGUCCAAAUGCAAGUGAACAGUUUACCAGUCAGCUGAAAGAAGAUCUGUCCCUAUAUGAGCAGUUUGGUGCGCUGUCCCUAUGUUCAAGUCCUUUUAAGAUACCAGAAACAGACCUUCAUGAAGCCCAAAAGAAGAAUAAAUGCAAUUUGAAGAAGAAAUGUCAAACUAUAUUUGAAGGAAUUACAAGGCCAGGGAAAUCAGUGUCUCUUCACUGUGUUUACACAAACCUCUGCAUCACAGAAGGGGACAGUGUAGGGGUCAAUGACGAACAUGAGGUGUUGCAAAAUAAGGCAACAUCUGAGAGAGAGACCUCACAAGAGACAUCUAUCCAUCUCAAUGACAUCUUCAGACCAUUACCGGGUCAGGAAAAAUCCAUUAGAACUGUACUGACGAAGGGGAUUGCAGGGAUUGGAAAAACCAUUUCUGUGCAGAAGUUCAUCCUUAACUGGUUGGAAGAUCAAGUAAAUGAAGAUGUUUUAUUUAUUUUUCUGUUUAGUUUUCGUGAGCUCAAUACAAUUACUCAGAAUGAACUGAGUCUAAGAGAACUUCUUCAUUCAUUCUACCCAGAAACUGAUGACUUAACUGUUGAGAAUUACAAAAUUUUGUUUAUCUUCGAUGGCCUGGAUGAGUACCAGUAUCCUUUGAAAUUUUUGAGCAGGAGAUGUGUUUCCCUCACUGAAAUCGCACCUUUGGAUGUGUUGUUGUCAAAUCUUAUUGAAGGAAAUCUGCUUCCUUCUGCUCUCCUCUGGAUAACCUCUCGACCAGCAGCAGCCAGUGACAUACCUCCUGAGUUUAUUGAUCAGGUGACAGAAAUACGGGGGUUUAAUGACCAUCAGAAAGAGGAGUACUUCAGGAAGAAAUUUCCAGAUCAGGAUCUGGCAAGCAGAAUUCUCUCUCAUGUUAAGUCAUCAAGAAGCCUCCACAUCAUGUGUCACAUCCCAAUCUUCUGUUGGAUUUCAGCUGCUGUUCUUGGGCAAAUGUUGACUAAAGAUGACCGAGAGAUUCCCAGCACUCUAACACAAAUGUACUCUCGAUUCCUGCUCAUUCAGAUCAACCUUAUGAAUAAGAAGUAUCAUGGUGACACUGAGAGGAACGUAACAAAACUGUCACACCGAGACAAAGAAAUCAUUAUGAAACUGGCUGAGCUUGCAUUUCAGCAUUUGGAAAAGCGAAAUGUCAUGUUUCGUAAAGAGGACCUGGAAGCAUGUGGUAUUGAGGAUCUUAAUGCUUCAGUGUACUCUGUAUUGUGCACAGAAAUGUUUAAAGAAGAGAUAGCUUUGAUUCCAGAAAAGUUUUACUGCUUUGUCCACUUGACCAUUCAAGAAUAUCUUGCAGCUCUCCAUGCAUGCCAUUUAUUUGCAACCAAACAAAUGGAUUCCCUAAAUAAAAUUUUUAAAACAAAGCCUAGAGCUAUACAUGGAUUUCACAAAGCUGCUGUAGAUAAGGCUCUUGAGUAUAAAAAUGGACAGUUUGACCUUUUUCUUCGCUUCCUUCUGGGUAUGUCACUAGACAUUAAUCAAUAUCUUCUCAAAGACCUUCUGCCAUCAAUAAGAAGCAACUCUGAGGGCAUCAAAAAAACAACCAAGUACAUCAUCAAAGUAUUGAAAAAGAAAGACCUUUCUCCAGAGAGGUGUAUCAAUCUCAUACAUUGCUUGGUUGAGCUCAAUGACCGUUCCCUGCUGGAGGAAAUUCAAAUGAGUGGAAGCUCAUCUUCAGCCAAACUUACUGUGACUCAGUGCACAGCUCUUGCCUAUAUGCUUAUAAUGCCAGGCGAAGUAUGUGAUAUGUUUGACCUAAAGAAGUGCAAGGUGUCAGAAGAAGGUCUGAAGAGGCUUCUUCCUGUGAUAAAGUGCAGUAAAAAAGCAUGUUUGGACCACUGUGGUCUCUCUGCCGACUGCUGUGAAACUGUGUCCUUCGCUCUCCAGUCGGCCAACUCACACUUGACAGAGCUGAAUCUGAGCCACAAUGACCUGGGGGAUUUGGGUCUGGAGAAACUCUGCGUUGGACUGAAGAGUCCAAACUGUAAACUGGAGUCAUUGGACCUCAGCUUCAAUAAACUGAAUGCAUCAGGGAUGAAGCAGCUCUCUGAUGUAUUGAUUGGUCCACAUUGUAAACUACGGAGUCUGGAUCUCAGUAACAAUGACCUGGAGGACUCAGGAGUAAAUGUCCUCUGUCAGGCAUUGUCUAACCAUCAGUGCAAACUAAAGACCCUGAGACUGUACAACUGUCGAGUCACAGAGGGAGGCUGUACUUCUCUGGCUUCAGCUCUGAGGUUGAACCCAUCAUACCUGAACGAGCUGGAUAUGUACAACAACCACCCAGGUGACCGUGGAGUUAAGCUGCUCACCGCUAUACAGAAGAAUAACAAUUUUAAGCUGGAAAAGCUGAAUAUUGACCAUGUUGGACAACAGAGAGUAGAACUGCAGAAAUAUGCCUGUCAGCUCACAUUGGAUGAAAAAACAGCUAACAAAUAUCUAUCCAUCACUAAGAUAAAGAGAAAGGUGACAAGAAAGCAACGAUCACAAGCAUAUACUGAUCUCCCGGAGAGAUUUAAUCGCUGCUACCAGGUGCUGUGCAGAGAGGGUCUUUCUGGCCGCUGUUACUGGGAGGCUGAGUGGAGUGGAUGUACUGCUUACAUAGGAGUAGCUUACAGAGGCAUCUGUAGGAAUGGAGCAUUUGAUGCCAUGCGCCUUGGGGACAAUGACAAGUCGUGGUCAUUGUUCUGUUCUAAUAAAAAGUUCUCUGCGCAUCACAAUAAAACCUCUUCUGACAUACCGAUACCCCAAUACAGGUCCUGUAGGAUAGGAGUGUAUCUGGACUGGGCGGCCGGCACUCUGUCCUUCUACAGCGUCUCCUCGGACACACUGACUCACCUGUACACUUUCCACUCCACAUUCUCAGAGCCCCUCUAUCCAGCAUUCAGGCUUCUUACCUCUGAAACAUCCUGGUUCCUGUGUCCCUUGGAGUAAAGAGACAAUUUGAAUUACCCUCUUAAUCACUUGUCUCUUCAAAAUGUAAAUGAGGUUAGGUUUUAGUUUAUUGAUUUUGUAGUAAAAUACAUGCAGUCUGGGAGACAUGUGCUCUGAUUUAUAUGGCUUCCUAAUUUUAGACAGACCAGGCUCUUCAGGGUGGAGACAGAUUCAAACAUAGGUGGUGGUUGAACAAAUCACAUCAUCUGAAUCGCUUCUCCUAUACGGGGUCGCAGGGAGCCAGAGCCUGACCUAGCAACAAAGGACAUAAGG